UGCGUGCGUGCGUCAUGACUAUGUCUGCUUUAUGGUUUCUUCUUUUUCUUUUGUUUUGGAAGGAGAGAUCAGAAUGAAAUGAAAGAAACUCCUGCGGAGCUAAGCCAUUCUGUGAUAGAAACUCCCAAGAAGUGGUUCAUGGGUGAUGGAUCCUGUGACUUUACUUGGACAAAAAGCUGUGCGACACAUGAGAGAAUCCAGCUUGGAGAGAGACAUUGUGAAUAUCCCGAAUGUAGAAAAGGUUUUAUAAAAAAGGAAAAUCUUAUUGUACAAUCGAGAAUCCACACAGGAGAGAAACCUUAUGAAUGCAACCUGUGUGGAAAGGCUUUUACACAAAAGGGAGAUCUUACUGCACAUCAGAAAAUCCACACUGGAGAGAAACCUUAUGAAUGUAACCAGUGUGGAAAACGUUUUAUACAAAAAGGUACUCUUAUUUUACAUCAGAGAAUCCACACUGGAGAGAAACCUUAUGAAUGUAACCAGUGUGGAAAACGUUUUAUACAAAAAGGUACUCUUAUUUUACAUCAGAGAAUCCACACUGGAGAGAAACCUUAUGAAUGUAACCAGUGUGGAAAGGCUUUUAGAAGCAAGGGAAACAUUAUCAUACAUCAGAGAAUUCACAAUGGAGAGAAACCUUAUGAAUGUAACCAGUGUGGAAAGGCUUUUAGAAGGAAGACAGAUCUUACUGUACAUCAGAGAAUCCAUACUGGCGAGAAACCUUAUGAAUGUAACCAGUGUGGAAAGGCUUUUACAAAAAAGGGAGGUCUUACCACACAUCAGAGAACCCACACUGAAGAGAAACCUUAUGAAUGUAACCAGUGUGGAAAGGCUUUUAGAAGGAAGACAGAUCUUACUGUACAUCAGAGAAUCCAUACUGAAGAGAAAUCUUAUGAAUGUAACCAGUGUGGAAAAGCCUGUAGAGAAAAGGGAGCCCUUUCUACACAUCAGAGAAUCCACACUGAAGAGAAACCUUAUGAAUGUAACCAAUGUGGAAAGGUUUUUACAGUUAAGAAAAGUCUCACUGUACAUCAGAGAAUCCACACUGGAGAGAAACCUUAUGAAUGUAACCAGUGUGGAAAGGCUUUUAGAAGGAAGACAGAUCUUACUGUACAUCAGAGAAUCCAUACUGGAGAGAAACCUUAUGAAUGUAAUAAGUGUGGAAAGGCUUUUACACAAAAGGGAGGUCUUACUAAACAUCAGAGAACCCACACUGAAGAGAAACCUUAUGAAUGUGACCAGUGUGGAAAGGCCUUUAGAGAAAAGGGAACCCUUACUACACAUCAGAAAAUCCCUACUGAAGAGAAACCUUGAAUGUAACCAAUGUGGAAAGGCUUUUAGAAGCAAGGGAAAACUUAUCAUACAUCAGAGAAUCCACACUGGAGAGAAACCUUAUGAAUGUA